AUGGGCUGUGGAGCCAUCUUUGCAAUAUGUACAAGGUGCAAUGUCCUUUUCUUGUCGUCCGUAGCGAUUGGUGGAUCUCUGUUGACUACGAUUAGCUGUCGAUUCUUCACUUACACGACACUCGAUGGUCAAGUAUGGGAAGGAUUGGAAGGCCCAUUUCAGGAUUUGCCGGAAGCCUCUGUGGGUCUAUUUGGAUAUUCCGAAGCGACGACCUCCACCGCGCUUGUUGGGGAUUCCUGCGAGCGAUUCAACGACUGGAAGCUUGUGGGUCAGUCUGAUGUCUUUCAAGUGGCACAGGUUGCGGCCAUCUGUGCCCCACUUCUAGGGUUUUUGGCGUGGAUACAAAUCGUAUUGGAAUUCCUUUGCUGUCGUUUGUAUGGCGGCUUUGUUCUCAUGAGUUCCCUGUUCCUUUUGACGGCUGCAGUGCAAGCUUGUACCUUUCUAGUAUUUGCAGACACGCAGUUUUGCCUUGAGCCAGAAUCGGUAAAUGAAUGUCAGUUCGAAGCGGGUGCCUACAUUUCUUUUGGAGCCAUGAUAUUGUAUGCUAUAUUGGCCUGUCUCGUUUCCAAUAUCCCUGCUUCACCAGGACAGCGCAACGAUGGAUGUUUGAUCAAAACCGGUUGGAAAUCUGGACCUCAUGACCGAGAAUCAACCUCUCAUCCUCUAGUGAUAUCCACGCAUGGUCAAGCGGACCCAGAAAUGGCACUAUCUAUGGAGACCAAAGAAACCCAAAAAGGCGUCGAAUCAUUGAAUCAAGAACAACAACAAGAAGAACAACAACAGGCUGUGGACGACGACGCGAUUGAAGGUGAAGAAAUUGGAAAGGAGGAGGGGGAGGAGAUGAUUGAAGAAGAAGAGAUACUGGUGAUAGAAGAUGAAAAUGGAGAGCAUGUUGUCAUGGAGGAAGAAAUAAUGGAGGAAGAAGUUGUAGAGGUGGAGGAAGGCGAGGAAGUCCAACAGCCAGCUAGUGAAGGUGGAGAUGGUCAACCACGACCAGCACCACCAGCUGAUGCUGAUCCGUCCAACCAAAAAGCAGAGUAG